GUUUAAGGAAAUCCGAGGGAAAAUUGAGAAGCAGAGAGAACAGGAAGCGAUUGAUCAGCAGCAGCAGAAGGGUUUGACCUCUAACAUUUUGACAAUAAAGACCACUAUGACGGAGGCACAGCAGCAUGUAGCUCAGAAUGUUAUCCAAGCUGCUGCCCUGAGUGGAAAUGCGAAAAGCGAGCCACACCGCUUCACCGAGGGAGCAAGAGCGCGAGACGUGCACCGAGUUGAGCACAUUAGAGAUGAGGAUGAUGAGCUGCUGCAGUUUGCCAUCCAGCAGAGCCUCCUAGAGAACGGAAGCGAAAACGAUCAGGUGACCGUCUGGGAGGCGUUGACCAACAGAAGACCAUCCGAUACGUCGCCGAAUCAGCCGAAUCGAACUGUUACGCCAUCGGCCUAUAUCAGCUACGAAGAGCGACAGUUGCAGAGGGCAAUCGAGGGGAGGCUGCAUGACACGGCGGCAGCGGCGGCAGCAGCGCCUGCAGCCAUGAGCGUUCGCUCCAGUGACAGCGACCUCGUCAACAUAUCAAACGGAAACAUGAGCGAAAACAGCGAGCCUGAGUGCAGCGAUGACCAGCUGCGCAUCGCCAUGGCGAUGUCUCAGCGCGAGGCCGACGGUGCGGCAGCGCGCCGCAAGCAGGAGCAGGCUGAGCUCGAGCGCAUCAUCCAGCUGUCGUUCACCGAGAAGUAACCGUGGCGACGCACGGCGGCAUCCAUCACCCGCGGUUACGGCAGACUUUAGCGGAGGGGCCCCGCACACGCGCGAUGUUUUUCGUGGUGUCGUCGCGGCGAAUCUGCUUGCGUGCGUGCGUGCGUGUGUGUGUGUUGGUGUGUUUGCAGGUGCGUGUGUGUGUUGGUGUGCGUGUGU